GCAUAAACGUGUGGACGUCUUUCCGGUUCAUGGCACAGUCUGCCAAAAAAGCCUUCCUCUCCACCAAUCUUGCAGGGUAGGAGUGCAUACAAUGACCCAAUUUUAUCGGAUCUUUACUCUUUUUGCUUCUGAGGAGCGCUAUUUACUUUGCCAGAAAUGGCAUUAACCAUUAGAGCCCACCUCACUACGACACACCUCAACUUUAACUUCCAACCUACAACAAGAACCAUCGUAUACAGAAGAAGAAGCCAAAGCGUAAGAAUUCAACCCAGACCCAUCUACCAUUCCAAUCCGCUAGUACAUUUUGUUUCUUUUCCUUCAAUGCCUACUGUUUCUUCUUCCUCUGUGAAUGGUUCUUCUGUUAUUAAGAGCUCUCUGAUCGACCCAGAUGGUGGAGCCCUCGUUGAUCUUGUUGUGCCGGAAAGCGAAAGGGCGUCGAAAAGGGCCGAAGCCGAGUUGAUGCCCAAGGUGAAACUUACCAAGAUUGAUCUUGAAUGGGUUCAUGUUAUUAGCGAGGGGUGGGCUAGUCCGCUAAGAGGCUUCAUGAGGGAAGAUGAGUACUUGGAGAGCUUGCAUUUUAACUUUCUGCGGUUGAAGGAUGGAACCAUCGUCAACAUGUCGCUUCCUAUAGUCUUGGCAAUUUAUGACAAGGAUAAGGAAGAAAUCGGGUCUUCUCCUAAUGUGGGUUUGAUUGGACCGAACGGGGAUUUGAUUGGCAUCCUUAGAAGUAUUCAAAUUUACAAGCACAAUAAAGAAGAACGGAUUGCUAGAACAUGGGGUACAACUGCACCGGGAUUACCUUAUGUUGAAGAGGUGAUUAGUCCAGCUGGAAAUUGGCUCAUUGGAGGGGAUCUGGAAGUAUUGGAACCUAUUAAAUAUAACGAUUGUCUUGAUCACUACAGGCUCUCACCCCGUGAACUCCGGAAAGAGUUUGAUAGGCGUCAGGCUGAUGCUGUAUUUGCUUUUCAGCUAAGGAAUCCUGUGCAUAAUGGACAUGCAUUAUUGAUGAAUGAUACACGCCGACGACUUUUGGAAAUGGGUUAUAAGAAUCCAAUUUUGUUGCUUCAUCCUUUAGGUGGCUUUACGAAGGCAGAUGAUGUUCCCUUAGAUGUUCGGAUGGAACAACAUAGCAAGGUUCUAGAAGAUGGUGUUCUUGAUCCUGAGACUACUAUUGUUUCUAUUUUCCCAUCACCCAUGCAUUAUGCUGGUCCAACUGAAGUCCAAUGGCAUGCCAAGGCGCGUAUAAAUGCAGGUGCUAAUUUCUAUAUUGUUGGUCGGGAUCCUGCCGGUAUGGGUCAUCCAACGGAAAAGAGGGAUUUGUAUGAUCCUGAUCAUGGGAAAAAGGUGUUGAGCAUGGCUCCUGGCUUGGAAAAGCUAAAUAUUUUGCCAUUCAGGGUGGCAGCAUAUGACACAUUGGAAAAGAAGAUGGCAUUCUUUGACCCUUCACGGGCUAAAGAUUUUCUCUUCAUAUCUGGGACUAAGAUGCGGACUUAUGCAAGAAAUGGAGAGAACCCACCUGAUGGGUUUAUGUGCCCCGGGGGAUGGCAAGUCCUAGUGAAAUAUUAUGAGAGUUUGCAAGUUGAAGAGACUGGCCAACAACCAGCUCUAUUGUCUUCUUAGAUAUACAUUUGAAACCAGAGUUUCUGGAAUCGGGUUGAGGGGGAGCAGAGGGAACGAGUAUGAAAUUACUCUAGGGUCUAUAAUAGAGCAUCAAUAUAUUUCAUUAUUAUCAUCUGAUC